AUGCAGGGGAUGCUGGCUGGGGGGCACGGUGGCUCUGCUGCCUGGCCAGCAGCUUGUCUGGCAGGGGAGCCAGGCUGCGUGUCCUGGGGGCUCUGGAUGCUGGCCGCGCUAUGCUGGAUCGCCGCCCGCUCGCUGCUGUCCUGCGGGUGCCCGGGGCAGGGCCGGCGGCAGGCGUCCGUCCUUUGCCUCCUGUACAGCUUCCUGGGCCACAUCUGCAACGCGGUCGGGGCACUGCUCGCCAGCCAGCUCAGCAUCCAGAUCCUCACAGGCGCCUACAUGGCUGUGGCCAACGUCCUCCGCUUCCUGCUUGCCGUCUUUCCCCCCUGCCCGCCUGAGACCCAGGAGAUGGCAGGUCUGCCCCGCCAGCAGAGGAGGCGGCGGCGGCGGCUGCGGGACGGCCUGCUUGCCCUCGCCCUGCCCCUGUCUGUGGGUGCUGGCAGGUCUCUGCUGGCACCCAGCCCCCGGCCCUCCUGGGAGCUGCUCCAAGGAGCCCGGCGGAGGCUGCUCGGCGCAGUGUUCGAGGACAACACAGAAGCGCUGGGGUUUGUCCUGGGGCUGCUCUCUGCCCUCAUUGCCCUCACGGCCAGGAUCCCUGCGUUCUCCAGAGCAUGCAGGGGGAAGCCAUGCUCGUGGAGGCGGCUGUGGGCCACCCCCUGCCCGGCCGCAGCCGGCGUCCUCUACACAGCAGCGAUUGUCACCCGUGACCAGCAGCCUGCGCGCAUCCUGAGGGCCCUGCCCUGGCUCCUGGUGGCCCUGGGCUCGGCUGCGCUGGAUGUGGCCCUCCUGUUCCUCGCCUGCACGGCCAAGAGCCAGAAGGGCCAGCGGCUUGUACCAGAGGUCCCCGAUGCCUGGGCCCUCCUGGCUGGAGAGAGGGAGGAAGAUGACAGGGGAGCAGUGGAAGAAGAGUGGGACUUUGAAGACAUGACGGUGCAGUGGAGCCGGGCCAGCCCUGCUGCUCAACCUCACUCCAUGCUGUGCUCAGGCACCUUCGGACAACGUGCAGCCCCUCCGAGGUGCCCUGAGCACCCAUCCCCCUGA